GCGACGCGGCCACCGAAGCUAAUGGAAUCUUCACGAUACGGGAUCCGUUACGUGGUAUUGUCGCGCCGCGCGUCCGUCCAGCGCUAUCGCGGGGAGGCGACACUGGAGAGUCGCGAUCGCGCGUGGUCCGUGUCUGGGAAUCUGUGAUUUCGCGAAGACGCUUUCAGCGAAAAUGACGUCCCGUCACGAAAAGGAGCGUGCCAAGCAGAUCCAGGAGAAAUGUCAAAACCUGCUGACGCAGAUGCUCCGCGAUGAAGAUAACAAGUAUUGCGUUGACUGUGACGCGAAAGGACCAAGAUGGGCUAGCUGGAAUUUGGGCAUUUUCUUAUGUAUUCGUUGCGCUGGUAUACACAGAAAUCUUGGCGUGCAUAUAAGCAAAGUCAAGUCUGUUAAUUUAGACACAUGGACACCAGAACAAGUAGUAAGCUUACAACAAAUGGGCAAUUCUCGAGCCAGAGCAGUCUAUGAGGCAAAUCUUCCUGAUAGUUUCCGAAGACCACAAACAGAUUGUAGCCUCGAAAGUUUUAUUCGGGCAAAAUAUGAACAUAAAAAAUAUAUAGCAAGAGAAUGGGUGCCACCUCCUUUACCAAAAGUUAAUUGGGACAAAGAGCUCGAUGAAGAAGCUGAAAGACAACGCAGACGAAAAAAGGAAAGUUCUGAAGCAACCACUGUACUCCCACUUGUAAAAAAACCGGAAGUAGUGCCUCAAUUGCCAAAACCUCGCAGUUCCAUCAGUCCUAAACUUGGCAGAACAAAAGAAAACUCUGCAAUUUUGGAUCUCUUAGGUCUUGAUGCACCAGCAACUAACCAAAUAAAUGCAAAUGGUUCUGGGGAUGAUGUAUUUUCUUCCUUUUUGUCUGCCCCACCUGCUUCAACUGCUACAACUGGAAAUGAUAUUUCUAAUGAAAGUAAAACAACUGCUACUAUAAGUAAAAGCGAAGAAGAAAGUUUCUUUGAACAGUCAGCGCCGCUAUCUCAAGAAAAAAGCAAAAUGACAAAGGACAGUAUUUUAGCAUUAUAUGGUACACCAAGUCAUCAAUCAGCACUUUAUGGUGUUCCAGGGGGAAUGUAUCCUCAACAUUCCAUACCAUAUAAACAGCAAAUAUCAAAUGUGGGUACAUUUGGACAACAAAACUCUUUGGGUCAAAUCGGUCAACUUCCUACACAAAUGCCGAUUACAAAUCAGAUGCUUGUCAAUCAAAAUCAAAUUGUAACAAAUCCUAAUUCGAUAGGUGCUGUAGGCGCUAAUCCUUUAGGUUAUAUAGGGCAAAUAAAUCAACUAAAUGGUGUACCAAAUGCUGCUAUUACAAUGCCACCUCAAAUGAUGAUGCAGUUAGGACAAACUAGUAUUCCUAGUAAUAAUGGAUGGAGUGGUAUGUUAACACAGAAUAUUCAACCAGCUCCUGGCAGCAAUCCUUUCUUCAAUUUAACAACACAGCAGCAACAAACUGCUGCAUUUGCCACUCAAUUGCCACAACAAAUGUCACAAGUGUCCCUGGGUGAUAUGAAUUUUUCCUCUGCGACAGGCAAACCUGCCAAUACUGCCGCGUUACCCGGGCAGACUCUUUCCACCAAUUUGUGGCAGUAAAAAAUAUUGCAAAUAUUGUGAAUUUUUGUUAUCAUUCAAUGUUGUAUACUAAUGUUGACAGUCUAUUAUCCAUCAUAAUAAUAAUUCCAUGUCUUUUCGUCGGAUGUUGCUUCAGAUAGUAAUAGAGCCGAUGGAAACACAAAAAUGGGAACACAAAAAAGAAAACUAUUCGAAUACUGUUUCAUAAUUUGUGAAUGUGUAUAGUGCUUUGAGUUGAUAAAUAUUUUUCUUCAAAAGCCUGUGCUAGCUUUUAAUGUUAUUGUUGGUGAAAAAAAUUGGAAUAAAACGAACCUUUGACUGAUUGUAAGAGGAGUUAUUUAGUUAGCGACACUAAAUGUGUACCUUAUGGUACAAAUUGUGCUGUUAAAAUAAGAGCUUUUUGUAAUUGCAAUUAAAGUAUAUGCCAGGGUCCAUUUUCAUCAAAGUAUUAAUUCAAAUUGGUGACGGAAAAUGAUAUAAUUUUAGCUCAGAUUUCGUUGCUAUUCAUGCUUGACAAAUGUGUUCGUGAGUUUAUUCACAAAAAUGUAAAUCCUGCAAGGGAGAGAAUGACAUAGCAUAAAGCAUGUAUUCUCAUAUCGGAUAGCAUCGAAAAUUUAAUUUGUUAAAAUUAUAUCAAGCUCUGAUUCAAAUAGAAAUAUAUAUACAUGCAUAUACGAGUUUUAUCAGAGAUGUAAAAAGACUUAGAUCUUCAACGUAUUUUUAAGGUACUAUAAUUGACACAUGUGCAAUAUGUGUCCACAUACUGUAUUAUUGAUGAAUAAAUGCAAAAUGACAAAUA